AUGCUGAAGGGACGCCCCCUCCUCUACACCAUGACGGCGCUCAACGCGCUGAGCUUCCUGUUGUUCGGCUAUGACCAAGGUGUUGUCGGCGGAGUGGACAACAGCCAUGGCUUCCUGUCAACGUUCAAGCUCGACCUCAACAAGCCCAAGGACAACACGAUGCUGGGAACAAUCGUCUCCAUGUACGACAUUGGCGCGUUUAUCGGGUCCAUCCUCUGCUCUUUGGUCGGCGAGAGGAUCGGCCGCAGGUACAGCCUUCUUGUCGGCACGCUCGUCAUGCUGGUCGGGACCGCGUGGCAGGCGGCCUCGUCCAGCUCGGGCGUCAUGAUCGGCGCGCGUAUCUUCUCGGGGAUCGGCAUUGGCUUCAUCGCGUCGACGGCACCCGUGCUCCAGUCCGAGAUCUCGCCCCCCAAGAUCCGCGGCCGGUUCAUCUGCGUCCAACUGACAGUACUCAACCUCGGCGUCAUGAUUGCCUACUGGGCCGGCUAUGGCGCAAGCAAGAGCAAGGCACUGCACAUGUGGCGCAUCCCGGUCGCGUGCCAGGCGUGCUUUCAGAUCCCGAUCCUGUUCCUCAUCUUCAUCGUCCCCGAGAGUCCCCGCUGGCUCGCGAGUCAUGGCAAGGUAGACGACGCGCUCAAGGUCGUGGCACGACUCAAAGGCCUCAAUAUGGACAGCGACGAGGUCCGCCAAAUGCACGACGAGAUCAUCGAGGCCAUCGAGUAUGAGCGCCAGCAGGGCUCGGGCGGAUGGAAGGACCUGCUCAAGAACGACAAGAUCAAGUCGCGUCGCCGCUUCCUCAUCGCGUGCAGCAUCCAGUUCUUCCAGCAGCUUGGCGGGCAGAAUGCCCUGACAUACUAUUCCACAACCAUCAUGGGCGCCGCGGGCCUCGAUCCCAACAUGACCCGCUUGAUCUCCGGCGUCCUCUUCACGUGGUUCUUCAUCGCCUCCUUCAUCCCCUGGGUCCUCAUUGACCGCGUGGGAAGGCGCAAGCUCCUCCUCAGCUGCAUCACGGGCAUGGUCAUCAUGUUUGCGUGCGAGGCGGGCGUGGUGUUGUUGGUCGAGAAGGAUGGCAACAAGGCCGCCGGCAGUGCCGCCGUCGCCUUCCUGUUCGUCUACAUGGCCCUCUUCACUAUCGGCUUCCAGGCCGUCGUUUGGGCGUACCCCUCUGAAAUCCUCCCGCUCGCCCUGCGCCAGAAGGGCUCGGCCAUCUCGACAGCGUGCAACUGGAUCUUCAACUACAUGGUGGUGCAGAUCACCCCAAUCGGUAUCAAGAAUAUCGGGUACAAGUUCUACAUCGUCUUCGCCAUCAUCAACGCGUGCUUCCUCCCGCCGAUCUACUUCUUCUACCCCGAGACGGCCGGCCUGUCGCUCGAGAGCGUCGACAAGCUGUUCGCAAGCGGCAACGGAUACGGCGGCGGUCGACUCCCCCCAGAAGACUCGGAAGACGCGUUCCAGCCGCAGCUCAAGCACGCCGGGAGCGAUGGUGACGUCAAGCACGAGGUAGCCGUGGUCGAGAAGGCAUGA